AUGAAAUUGAUACUAUUCUUUCUCCUCACAUUCUUUUGGAUCUCUGCAGAAUGCAUUCAUCCUCACCCACUUGAUCCUCUAACCCGUUCCGAACUCAACCUUGUUCGAACAAUAAUCCACAAAUCAUACCAAACAUCAACCAAACCAAACAACAUCACUUUUCAAUACAUAGGAUUACACGAACCCGACAAACCAGUUAUCCAAUCAUGGCUAUCCUCAAACACCAAAACCAAACCUCUUCCACCACCACCUCGUCGAGCCUUCAUCAUAGCCAGGUUCCAAAAACAGUCCCUCGAAAUCAAACUAGAUUUUCCAUCUCGUUCCAUAAUCUCAACAAAAAUCUACAAAGGACACGGCUACCCUAUGCUCACCUUCGGUGAACAAUCCAUUGCCUCACAGUUACCAUUCACCCAUGAACCGUUUCACCAUUCGCUAAACAAAAGAGGUCUUAACAUGUCUCAUGUUAUUUGUGCUGCUUUCACAGUAGGUUGGUUUGGAGAGGAAAAGACCAAAAGAACAGUGAAAGUGAAGUGUUAUUACAAGAAGGGUUCUGUUAAUUUGUAUGUGAGGCCACUGGAGGGUGUGGCAGUUGUGGUUGAUCUUGAUGAAAUGAAAAUUAUUGGUUACUCUGAUAAACAUGUGAUUCCAGUGCCCAAAGGGGAAGGCACAGAGUAUCGAGCUUCUAAGAUGAAACCACCGUUUGGUCCAAAGCUUAAAGGCAUAGCUGUCAAUCAACACGACGGACCUGGUUUCACUAUCCAAGGACACUCCGUGAGUUGGGCCAAUUGGGUCUUCCAUUUGGGAUUCGACAUUCAAGCUGGUCCAAUAAUUUCUCUAGCAUCAAUUUAUGAUUUGGAAAAGCAGCAAUAUCGUCAAGUACUAUACAAAGGAUUCAUAUCAGAGGUGUUUGUGCCAUACCAAGACCCAACUGAGGAAUGGUAUUACACAACAUACUUUGAUUGUGGUGAAUAUGGUUUUGGACAAUCUAUGUCGUCAUUACUACCUUUCACUGAUUGUCCUGCAAAUGCUGUGUUCAUAGACGCGUAUUAUUCCAGUUCAGAUGGUACUCCUGUUAAGAUAUCUAAUGCUUUCUGCAUAUUUGAGAAGUAUGCUGGUGAUAUCAUGUGGCGUCACACAGAAAUUGCGCUCCCAAAUGAAGUGAUAACUGAGGUUAGGUCUGAUGUAAGCCUAGUAGUGAGAGCUGUUUCAACUGUGGGAAAUUAUGAUUAUGUUAUUGAUUGGGAGUUUAAACCAAGUGGUAGCAUCAAACUUGGGGUUGGACUUACAGGGAUAUUAGGGAUUAAGGCAGGGACAUAUACCAAUACAGAUCAAAUCAAAGAAGACAUAUAUGGCACAUUGAUAGCUGAUAACACCAUUGGUGUCUACCAUGACCAUUUCCUUACUUAUUAUCUUGACCUCGACAUUGAUGGUGAAGCCAAUUCCUUUGUCAAGGCAAAUUUAGAGACAGUAAGAGUGAAAGAUCAGAAAACACCAAGGAAAAGUUAUUGGACUGUUGUAAAGGAAACAGCUAAAACAGAAAGUGAUGCAAGAGUUAACAUUGGUUUGAAGCCUUCUGAGUUAGUAGUGGUGAAUCCUAAUAAGAAAACAAAACUAGGAAAUACAAUAGGGUACCGUUUGGUUCCAGGAUCAGUUGUGCAUCCACUUAUGGUAAGUGAUGAUUAUCCACAAAUUAGAGGUGCAUUCACUAAUUAUAAUGUGUGGGUGACACCAUUCAACAAAAGUGAGAAAUGGGCUGGAGGAUUAUAUGUUGAUCAUAGCAGAGGUGAUGAUACUUUAGCUGUUUGGAGUCUCAGGGAUAGAGAGAUUGAGAACAAGGACAUAGUCUUAUGGUACACCAUGGGAUUUCAUCAUGUUCCUUCACAGGAAGAUUUUCCGGUUAUGCCAACGUUGAGUGGUGGAUUUGAGCUGAGACCAACCAAUUUCUUUGAGAGCAAUCCAGUCCUUAAAACAAAAUCACCAAAGUCCAUGCACUGCGCUAACUGCACUUCUCAACAUUACUAUUGUUAG